AUCACGGUGUCUCUGACGGUCACUGAUUUGGUGCUGAAGGUGCUCAACCCCCACAACGGCCGCGAGUCACUGAGCAUGCACGUACAAGACCUGAUGCUGCAGACCAAUUGCGAGUACGUCCUAGCCAACACACGCCACCUGGGGAUCAAACCCGAAAGCAAAGGGCCCAAACAACGAGCCAAUCGGGGCAGCUACCAGCGCCCAGAACCACAGAUGGAGGCAAACGCACCUAAACUUGUCAACCUAGAACCGCCGGGCCAGGACAACAACAACACACGCGAACACGAACACGCACAGGUUAAUACGGACAACGCACAAGCACAAACACACACACACACAGACAUGCACGACAACGCGAAUGUGGGUGGUGAUCAGGAGGAGAGGCUUCGAAGCGACGACCAAGGCACACACCACACGCACAAGACGUUCAAGAUGGAUCUCAAUGACAUCAUGGGCAAGCGCAAGGGCAGACACGCCAACGAGGGCACCGCCGACAACCGGAGUCUCGGGAAUCCGGUUCGUGUUCGUGGGUUUAUAUGGUGGUGA